AUGCCAGAGUCAAGAGGCACCGGCACCGGCGGCACUGCCGCCAGGCAGGAGGAAACUGGAGGAUCCAUGUUCAAAUCGCUCCUCCAAGGACUUGCCAUUUUCAUGAUCACGCAAUUCGCGGUCAACCAGUUUUUUGGUUCAAAGACUACCCCGUCCGGCAGUGCAGCCCCCAAAGCGAAUGUCAACUUUGAGGAAAGGGUUGAUGCGACCGCAUUGACAAACUACUCUGCAAUCCCCUACAACGUUGCACCAAUUUGGCCCGAUGGCGGAUCAGUCGACAUCCAAGUCUAUGUCUCGCCAAACACGGCCAUCUUCCCACUGUCGAAGCAACCGAAGGACACAUUGGUGCUGGAUGAGAAGAAUUUCCAGAUUGGAGAUUACGAAGAGAACAGGGAAAUUCAUACCACCAUUGCCAUACCAAAGGAAGUUCAACACAAUGGUACUCUGUGGGCACACUUCUUCGUGGCUUUGACUGGCAAUGAACUGGACCCUACGGCAUCCACAUUCGACCCUGCCAAAGCGUACACAUUCAGCAAGCCUCUAAAUCACUAUCUUCCCAAGAAGAAGGCACGCAAAUUGAAGAACUUGCUCGAAAAGACCGAAGAACCCGAAGAAGAGCUUGAGGAACCUCAAGGCCCUCAGGUUGGAUCCUUCUAUCAUCCGAACUUCACCCUGGCGGUGAUCCCCAACUCCGGCGUGCAGAACUGGCGACAGAUGCACCCAGCUCUGCGAAAGAACACCGUGCUGGAACGUACCGGGGCUCGAGAUGAGUCAGGCAUGAACGGAUGGUACUACCCAGUCAUCUUCCUCAACACUUUCUGGCAACUUCGAUCCCACAUGACUGAGCUCAAUGACACGGUGCAGGAAAUGCCGCUCAACAUCGACUUGUACAACAUGCCCAACUGGAAGUACAAUAUACUCGCCACUGUCGACGAAGGCAUGAAACAGAACCAGCAACAAGCCGCCUCAGGUGGGCCCAUGCCUGCCGGCGGUGACGGCAGCGAAUUCGAAAAGUUCAAAGAGAUAUUGCUCGAUACCAACGCAUAUCUUCUCGGCACGACUUUCGUCGUCAGUAUUCUGCACAUGGUCUUCGAGGGACUCGCGUUCAAGAACGACAUUUCGCAUUGGCGUACGAAGAAGGACAACGUAGGGACAUCAGUACGAACCAUCUUGGCCAACGUCUUUAUGCAAACUGUCAUCUUCUUGUACCUUGUCGACAAUUCCGAAGCGACCUCCUGGAUGAUCCUCGCAAGUCAAGGGUUUGGUAUACUUCUAGAAGCAUGGAAGAUCACCAAGACGGUCAACGUGCGCCUGCGGGAACCGGGACCGGACUCGUCAUUCAAGUUCCUCCCGUAUGUUGUGGUGUUCGAGGAUAAGCACAAGCUCUCCGAGACAGAGAGGAAGACGCAAGAAUACGACCAGAUCGCAUUUCGCUAUCUUUACAUCAUCGCCGUUCCACUCCUGCUCGCUUAUGCGGUCUACUCACUCAUCUAUGAGACGCACAAGUCAUGGUACAGCUUUGUGAUUGAGACGCUCGUCGGGUCCGUGUACGCCUACGGCUUCCUCAUGAUGGUGCCAAGUCUAUACAUCAACUAUCGCCUCAAGUCUGUGGCGCACAUGCCCAGCAAGGCCCUGACGUACAAGUUUUUGAAUACGUUCAUUGAUGAUCUGUUUGCGUUCACGAUUCGCAUGCCGUUCCUCCAUCGUCUCGCCACACUCCGCGACGACGUCAUCUUCUUUGUCUGGCUGUACCAGAAGUGGAAGUAUAAGGUCGACUAUACUCGUGUCAACGAGUUUGGCCAGGGUGGUGAAGACGAGGAGGACGAGACGAGUAGCGCAGAGAAGCCCAAAGAAUUGGAAGGGCAAGAUACAAAGGAGUUGAAACCGUCUGCGCCUGUCGCCAGUGCCAGUGGGAAGGAGACCAAGUCUGGAGCGAAGAAGAGGAGGUGA